AUGCCAUCCUCACAACCCACGGCUGGUGACCUGGCUGUCAAGCCCGAAUUCCAGUCACCACAACCUCCUACAAUGGCGAAACCCUCCGAACCCAACAGAAAUACAAAGUACGACCCGAAGAAGCAACACAUCACAGAGACACCGAUGACGAAGUCUAACUGGUACAAACACGUCAAUUGGCUCAAUGUCACCCUCAUCAUCGGCAUUCCUGUGUACGGUUGCGUUCAGGCUUGGUGGACACCUUUGCAGUGGAAGACCGCCAUCUUCUCGGUGCUGUACUACUUUGCAACUGGCUUGGGAAUCACGGCAGGGUACCACAGAUUAUGGGCACACACCUCAUACUCCGCCACCCUGCCGCUGAGAAUAUUCCUUGCUGCGGUCGGUGGCGGUGCCGUCGAAGGUUCUAUCAGAUGGUGGGCACGAGAUCACCGAGCACACCACAGAUAUACCGAUACCGAGAAGGAUCCAUACUCUGUCCGCAAGGGUCUGUUGUAUUCCCAUCUCGGCUGGAUGAUCAUGAAGCAGAACCCCAAACGAAUUGGAAGAACCGAUAUUUCGGACCUCAACGAAGACCCGGUGGUCAUCUGGCAACACAAGAACUAUCUCAAAGUUGUCCUGUUCAUGGGUCUGAUCUUCCCAACCAUCGUUGCCGGGCUUUGCUGGGGUGACUACCUCGGUGGUUUCAUCUACGCAGGCAUCCUCCGAAUCUUCUUCGUUCAACAAGCCACCUUCUGCGUUAACUCUCUCGCCCACUGGCUCGGAGAUCAGCCAUUUGAUGACCGCAACUCACCUCGUGACCAUGUCAUCACAGCCCUCGUCACCCUUGGUGAGGGAUACCACAACUUCCACCACGAGUUCCCAUCCGAUUACCGGAACGCCAUCGAAUGGCAUCAAUAUGAUCCCACCAAAUGGUUCAUCUGGACCUGCAAGCAGCUCGGCCUCGCAUACGAUCUCAAGCAAUUCCGCAGCAAUGAAAUCGAAAAGGGCCGUCUACAGCAACAGCAGAAAAAGCUUGACCAGAAGCGUUCCAAGCUCGACUGGGGUGUUCCACUUGAGCAACUGCCUGUCAUGGAAUGGGACGACUACGUUGACCAAACCAAGAACGGACGCGGUCUCGUCGCAAUUGCUGGCAUCGUCCAUGAUGUGACGGACUUCAUCAAGGAUCAUCCUGGCGGUAAGGCUAUGAUCGGCUCCGGCAUUGGAAAGGAUGCUACUGCAAUGUUCAACGGUGGUGUUUACAUGCACAGCAAUGCCGCCCACAACUUGCUCUCUACUAUGAGAGUCGGUGUUAUUCGUGGUGGAGGUGAAGUGGAUAUCUGGAGAAGAUCCCAACUGGAGGCCAAAGGCGAGGUCAGCCGUGACUCCAGCGGAGAAAGGAUCAUCCGCGCUGGCUGGCAACCUACAAAGGUGAUUCAGAAUACACCCACAGCUGGUGCGGCGUGA